UAUGUUGAUAUGUUGAAGAGAGUUGAUCCGUUACGUAAAGAAUUGAAAGAUUUGGAAACCAAAGCUGAGGACACUCGUCAAAAAGGAGAAGAAAUAACAAAAAUAAUAGCAGAACUUGAAGCCUCUAUAGCAAAAUAUAAAGAAGAAUAUGCAAUGGUUAUAUCUGAUGCUAGUGUUAUUAAGAAUGAUUUAUCAACUUUUGAGAAAAAGGUGAGUUCCUCCUUCGUUUGCGUCACCUUGAGAAGAGUCUCCUCACUGCAUUGAACGAGGUCAAGGGUCGUAUCCUAGAUAACAACAGAAUCAUUACUGAGCUUGAGACUCUUAAGGAAGAGGCUGGAGAAGUUCAGAGGAAGAUGGAGGAGACUGAUACUGU